CAACCCCCCACAUAAGAUUUCCUACAACCACAAGCGUCGAAGCUUUUCUCCCCCGGUCUCUGCGAAUUCCUGUUCUUUCACACCCCUUUCUUCCCUUCAUCCAAAGGAAGAGAAAAAGUUUUGAUUUUUUCAACUUCUUUUCAAAACAGAUUUCUGCAAUUUAUCAAUCCCAACUCGCCGUCUUCACUCUUCCUAAAAGUGAACAUCCCAAUCUUUAUAUAUUUAUAUGUAUUGAGUUUGCCAUUUAGGGUUUCUUUGAUUUGCCCGACAUUGCUGACUGCUCCAUAUAUAUAGAGUUAGAUUUAGAGUUUGAUAAACUCCCCCCUUUAAAUCCAUUCAUCCACUAUUAGGGUUUCAUUUUCCGGGGUCUAUCUAAUCUGCUGGUCCCGGAUGAUAUGAUUUAUAUUUUUGUUUAUCCGAUAAAAACUUAUUGUUUUGCUGUAUUUUCAGGUUUCUUGUUUAAAUUUGUAUAACCCAGUUGAUAAGUAGAGUUGUUUGAAAGAAACAAGAUUGGACUUGGAAUUAUAAGAGCAUUCCUAAGUUGCUCGAGAGAAAUAUUGGCUUUUGAGGUUAGAUUCACGUAGAAAUUGAGUAUUUUCAAGUGGUUUUCUAUAGUUGUAGUGUAUGGGUGAACAUGAAGGAUGGGCAGAGCCGGCUCGGCUGUUGCCAAACGGGCUAUUGCCCAAUGCUGCACCUGUCAUCCAGGGUUUGGACUCAGAAAGAUGGUUGAAAGCAGAGGAGAGAACUGCAGAACUCAUUGCCCGGAUUCAACCCAACAAACCAUCUGAGGAGCGCAGAAAUGCAGUUGCUGAUUAUGUCCAGCGGCUAAUCACCAAGUGCUUCCCAUGUCAGGUUGAGGUUUUUACUUUUGGAUCUGUGCCCUUGAAGACAUACCUACCUGACGGAGAUAUUGAUUUAACUGCAUUCAGUGAUAAUCAGAGUUUGAAAGAUACAUGGGCUCAUCAAGUUCGUGAUAUGCUAGAGAAAGAGGAGAAAAAUGAGAAUGCUGAAUUUCGUGUCAAGGAAGUGCAGUAUAUUCAGGCAGAAGUGAAGAUAAUUAAAUGUCUGGUAGAAAAUAUCGUGGUUGACAUAUCUUUUAAUCAACUUGGUGGGUUAUGUACCCUCUGCUUCCUUGAGGAGGUUGAUCACUUGAUCAGCCAGAACCAUUUAUUCAAACGGAGUAUUAUUUUGAUCAAGGCGUGGUGUUAUUAUGAAAGCCGUAUACUUGGUGCACAUCAUGGUCUUAUUUCAACUUAUGCCCUGGAGACCCUAGUUCUUUACAUAUUUCAUGUGUUCAACAAGUCCUUUACUGGACCUCUUGAGGUGCUGUACCGCUUCUUGGAGUUCUUCAGCAACUUUGACUGGGAUAAUUUUUGUGUUAGUUUGUGGGGACCUGUACCCAUCAUUUCACUCCCAGAUGUAAAUGCUCAACCUCCCCGAAAAGAUAGCGGAGAAUUGCUUCUCACCAAAAGAUUUCUGGACUCUUGUAGCGCUGUAUAUGCAGUUCUCCCUGGUAUCCAGGAAACUCCAGGACAACCCUUUGUUUCUAAACAUUUUAAUGUUAUUGAUCCUUUACGAGUAAACAACAACCUUGGGCGUAGUGUCAGUAAAGGUAAUUUUUUUAGGAUACGAAGUGCAUUUACGUUUGGUGCCAAAAGGUUGGAAAGGUUAUUAGAUUGUCCGAAAGAAAAUGUUAUUUAUGAAGUAAAUCAGUUUUUCAUGAAUACAUGGGAAAGGCAUGGCAGUGGCCAUCGUCCUGAUGCACCGGUUGCUGAUUUGUGGCAUCAAGGAUUGUCAACCAAAGAUCAUCUCCCUGAACUUGAGAACUUGAGGUUCAGUACAAAUCCCAAAAGAGUAAAUGAAAACUCUUCUGAUUGCAAUGCAGAGGCUGAUGGAGCCCAUUCACGUUUGGUGUCUUCUCAGUCCGGUAAUCACUUCUCUGGAGCUCUGCCUGAAACUUAUGAGAAUUCUACUUUAUAUGCCCAAAACCAGAGAAGUAAUAAGAAUUUGAUCACUUCAAGGGUGUCUGAUCAUGUUACAAGGGAAACCACAUCUCAUCAGGAUUUGCAUACUGAUAGAAGUCAAAGAAGUUUAAAAUCUGACAAUUUGGUAAAUGAAAUCCAGGGAAGGUUUGUGUUUGCCCGAACUCAAUCCAGCCCUGAACUAACUGACUCAUAUGGUGACAUGUCCAGUCAAGGUAGGCGUAGCAGAUUACCAGAAGGUGUGGAUAUGCAUCCUACGCCUAAAAAGGUGGAUAAUAGUAACAGGAGGAAGAAUGCUGGAUCUGAAAAUUCAACUAGCAAUAGUGGUCACUCUUUAAAUGAUGACACAUCAUCUGUCAGGCAUGCCCCAUCCCAUCAAAGUCUUGAUGCUGCAACUAAUUCCAAUAGUGGAUCAAAUAGCUAUCACCAUGAUUCAGGCUUAGAUGCCUUGAAUGAAGAGCUUGCUUCUACAGGUGGGACACAGGCUUUGCAUGAGGAAGAGCAAGAUGCUGUGAACAUGAUGGCUUCAACUUCAUUUCAUGGUUUUAAUGGUCAAGUUCAUCUUCCAUUUAAUUUAGCUUCAAGUCACCUUCCUUUUCCCAUCUCACCUUCCUUUUUAGCUUCCAUGGGAUAUCCUCAACGCAAUAUGCCUGGAUUGGUUCCUACUAAUUUUCCCAUGAUUGAUCCUACAUUUUCAAAUGUUCAAUUUCCCCAUGGAUUGUUGCCACCCCAUAUGACCCAUUACUUCCCCAGCCUUGGGUUGAGCCCAAGUUCUGAAGACCCUAAUGAGCGCAAUAGCGAAAAUUUUAAUUCUACAGACGUGAGCGUGAGCGAUGCUGAAAAUGAUUUUUGGCCAGAGCAGGAUGCGGGCUCAACUGUUGGGUUUGACCGAAACAGUGGUAACUUUGAAAUGCAUCAGUCAGAAGAGAAGCUGCACUCUAUGCCGUCAGGUCAGAACUUUGUCGCUCCAUCUUGGGUAAGUGGCUCCGUUAGUUCCUUGAGAUAUCAGGCGAAGCAUACUAAGGAAAAGCGUGGGCAAAUCAGGGAAGACUGGCGUGAUAAUUUCCAGGUUCAGGAUAAUGGAACUAGUGAUGUUUAUGCUGAAGAAAGAAUGGCUAGCUCAAGGUUCUCAUCCACUGCUCACAGUAGUCCUCUAAGGAGUAAGCCUUCUUCUGAGAGUUCCUGGGAUGGAUCAUCUGCAAAAUCCUCAAAAUCAGCCAGGGAAAGAAGGGGAAAGAAAACAGUUGCUGCAGAAGCAGCAACUGGUUAUGGAAAAGGUAAAAUGAUGUCUGAACCUGUACAUAAUCAGAAUGAGGAUGAUGACCAAGAAUGGAAUUCAAUGCCAAAUAUUUGCACUGAUGUAGUAGAAAGAGGCCAAGGAGUUCAAUCGGUUUCCUCAUAUAGUGUUCCUAUGCCAUUCGUUCCUGAAUAUGAACUUGUCCAGACAAGUGGAUCAGACUCGAUGAUGCCUAUUGCACCAAUGCUUAUAGGUCCCGGGGGUUCUCAACAAAGAGUAGGCGAUAAUUCUGGAGUCAUUGCAUUUUACCCUACAGGUCCACCAGUUCCGUUUUUUACAAUGCUUCCUUUUUACAACAUUCCACCUAAGGCAGGUACUCCUGAUGCAUCCACAAACCAUUGUGGUGGGGAAGAAAGCAUUGAUAAUAGUGAUUCUGGUCAGAAUUUCGAUUCAUCAGAGGGACUUGACCAGUCUGAAGUUUUGAAUCCUUCCCAUUCUUUUAGAGGGGCUGGUAUGGAUGUAUCUUCUGAUGAACAUAAGUCUGAUAUCCUUAACAGUGACUUUGCUAGCCAUUGGCAAAAUUUGCAAUAUGGCAGGUCUUGCCAAAGUCCAAGAUAUCCUGGGCCUUUGGUUUAUCCCUCACCAGUAAUGGUGCCCCCUAUGUACCUGCAGGGUCGCUUCUCUUGGGAUGGUCCUGGAAGACCAGUUUCAACCAAUGCAAACGUUUUCACUGAAUUCAUGAGCUAUGGUCAUCAUGUACCCAUUGCACCUAUCCAAUCUGUUUCUGAUAGACCCGCAAAUAUGUUUCAACAUGAUAUGCCAAGAUAUCGCAGUGGGACAGGGACUUAUCUGCCAAAUCAUCCUAAAGUCUCUGCAAGGGAUCGUAACUCUUCUGGUACCAGACGUGGAAAUUACAACAAUGAGAGAAGUGACAAUGGUGACAGGGAGGGAAACUGGAAUGCAAAUUCAAAACCAAGAGGUGCUGGACGUGGCCACAACCGCAACCCAAAUGAGAAGUCAAACUCAAGAACUGAUAGGUUCUCUUCCAGUGAGAACCGAGCAGACAGACCAUGGAACUCCUAUAGAAAUGGCUCAUUCAAUUCAUACCCAUCACAAAAUGGUCCUAUGCAUGCAAAUUCAAAUCAGAUUAGUGGUCCAAAUGUAACAUAUGGCAUGUAUCCUCUAACUUCAAUGAACCCUAUGGGAGCGUCUUCUAAUGGGCCCCCUGUUGUAAUGAUAUAUCCAUUUGACCAUAAUGCCGGUUAUGGAUCACAUGGAGAGCAGUUAGAGUUUGGGUCAUUGGGACCAGUAGGCAUCUCAGGUACAAAUGAACAAGCCCUGUUAAGUGAAGGGGGUCGACCUAGGGGAGGUUUUGAACAGCGCAGAUUUCAUGGGCAGCGGUCUUCACCAGAUCAACCAUCUUCGCCACGUCAUCCGAGGUAGUUGCUCAUACACCAAAGGUGAGGAGAGGAGAGGAGAGGCAAAGAUGAUAAGCUAGACUGCCUUUCUUUGCAAGGUCAAAGGUCAUCAGUCAUCACAGCUUUGGAAUAAGGAAUGAGCAGAAAGAUGUGGGGGUAUCUAAUGGUCUCUUGAUCAUAAUAUCAUGAUGUAUUAUGUUUGCAGGAGGGUAUAAUUGUUUUGGCAGAUUGGCAAUAAUUGGAAGACAAGGAAGAGGGCUAUGCCUCUUGAAUUUCAGGCUGGAAGGCAACUGUGACAAGGGAUUCUCAAAAUCAUAAGAUCCUCCGGGCAUGCAUUUUAGGAUUGCGCAGAUGCCUGCCCGCCCUUGUAUGUGAACUACUGAAUCGUGUAUGUUUAGGUGCAGCCUCUCAAAAUACAUGGAAGGCAGUUUGGAGGACGUAGGUGAGAUAUGAUAUGAGUAGAUCUUAGUCGUCCUCCACUUCUUUGUAGGGAAACGAAAAGUGUAGCGUAGUGUAGUGUAGUGUAGGGAUCUAACUUUGUUAUAGUAUUCUACCUGUCAGGCUUUGUUUUUUAGAUGGCUGGUACUACCACUGUCGUUUGGCUUUUGAAUUUUGAUAUUGACAGACAGUAUACAAACAAACUAACCUGAACCAACUGCAGACUACUUUUGUAAUAUUCUCAGAUGAUUUAUUCAUUUUGUCAGGUCAGCACCCUAAGUUUAUCCA